UGGUAUCUAAUAAAUCAGUGUCGCCUUUUCCAACCACUGAGACCUUUUAGGUCUUGCCUGCCCAUGUUUUCUGCCAGACCAAAAGAAAAAGAAGAGUUUGUGACUAGCAAAAAAAAUGACAGAUCAGGUCUGCUGCUUGUGCUGGUUGAAUGCUCAUUUUAUUUCUUGCCCCAUUAGACCACACUGCUCCAAUUUAAAUUGUGUCUGUGGAAUCUGAAGUUUAAUUUACCCAGAUAGGUAUUUCUUACUCCUCUUUUUAUUAUAUUUUAGGAAGCCAUCCCUUAAAAGGCCAGACAUUUCAACUAGUGCUUGGCAUCCUUCAGGCUAGGCAGUACCAGUGGGCACAUAUUCAUUCUGUAUAAGAUUUGCAUUGGAACCUCCUGUCCAUUUAAUAUGUAUAUAAUGUGUGUGUUUGCCUGAAGUAACAGAAACCUAAGCACAUGUAACAGUAAAUUGUGGUGUUGAUUCACUCCAAUAGACAUCCUGUUUGAAUGAUCCAUAUCCUAGAGAUGUUCAACCAGGGAUUUGUUAUUAUAGAACUUAAAACUAUAGCAAACAUUCUAUAGCUAAAAAUAAGCAUAAUAGUAUUCUAUUACAUCUGUCAGUUCUAGUAAGCUGUGAUGAAAGAUCUUUUUGUAACCAUAGCAACAGUAUUUGCCAGAUAUUUUAUAAUGCAAUAAUUACUUUAGAAGUGAGCUGCUGAAACUUUCAAUCCUCUGAUAUUUAUACUUUACCUUGAAUCAGUGCUGAGACUCUCUUCAAAUGAUGCAGAUAGCUUUUACCUCUCUCUGUGUUUUUGGUUGAACUGCUAGAUCAUUAGUCAGAAAAAUCAGUUAUCUGAAAGUCAAGAAAAAGCUGUAAACCUCAAAAAGGAUUUGACAGAGAUGCAAGAAUGGAUGACUCAGGCCGAAGAAGAAUAUUUGGAGAGAGAUUUUGAAUACAAGAGUCCAGAUGAGCUGGAAAAUGCUGUGGAUGAAAUGAAGGUGAGAAAACGUGAUUGUGCGAAACGUUAUGUGGGUCUCUAAGUUUAUGUGCAUAUUAUCCAUUAUUAAACAAGAAAUUCCUUUUUUGAAUUGCUUUUGUGAGUUUUUGAAUUUACUUUUUUUUUAUGUUAGCUUUAGAAAACCCUGAGUGAAUAAUAGAAAUGGGUGUGGUGUGAUGUUGGAAAGUAGCUUAGGUUUCAGGAAAUGAUCUUUUAUAAGGCUUUGUGAAAAUGAAGCAAAAUGAAAAAAAAAGAACUGUGAACCUCUGUGUCUAAACCUUUUUUGGAAGGGAGAACGGGAUAUGAAUUAUGAAAUACUGGAACUAAUCAGUGGUGGUGGAGGAGAUCCUAUGUAAUUGUGAGAAGUGGAUCUUACUUGGUCUGGCACUAUUUGCUUAUCUUGGCCUAAUGGUCUGGGACUAUUGCUGGAGUUUCAGGGGCUGGCAGAGGAAGAAGUUGUAGAUCUUGCUAUGUAGCGGGAUUAGGGACAGAAGGGGUUGAAACUAUAUGUUUUCAGAGUGCAGAACUGAAUACAGAGUUAGCAUAGUUGAUGAGGGAACUUUGCACUCUCAAACUGAGAGGGGGCAUAGGAUUCACUGUAAGUAGGUGCAUUUUCCUUUUUCUACCACCACCACUUUCAUCCAAACUUGUGUCAUGAUUUAGUUUUUUGUCAGAUAUUUUUAAUUGCAGUGUCAUGUUGGUAUUUCAGCUCUGUGACAGAAUUGGAAAUAAGACAUGAGAUGGGAGGACCACCGUAACAAACAUAUUUUAUGUGGCUACUCACCUGGGAAAUGUUUUAUUGAAUUGCUUAAAAAUGCUAUGAAUGUAAAGGAUUUUUCUAUAGUGUUGUUUUUGCAAUUUCUGUAACACUGUUUUGGUAAAAAUAUUAAUGAAUUGAAACGGCAAUAGUCUGGCUAUGAAAGAUAGAUCAUGUUCAAAGAAACGUCUUUGCACAUUAUGAAAUCUCAUGCAAUAAUAAAUUAUUUCAGGUGCUACAAGAGUCUUUGUUGUGUUAGAAAUCAUGUCAUUUGACAGCAUGGUGAACAUGACAGCAUGAUGUGAUAAAUAAUACAACAGAGCGUCAAGUGAAACUUCAUGGAGCACAAUGGUUCUGUUCCUGCCAGCUUCUAUAAUGAAAUAUUGAAAAAAAUUGAAUGAGUAGAAACCUCCACUUGUAUACUAAAGACUAAGACUUUGUAAUUGUCUUUGUCAGUAACCAUUUGAUCAGCAAUCACUUUCUUUGGGCAGAGAGCAAAAGAGGAUGUGCUACAGAAAGAAGUGCGGGUGAAAAUUCUGAAAGACAACAUUAAGAUGUUAGCUGCUAAACUGCCAUCUGGUGGUCAGGACUUAACAACUGAGCUUAACCUUGUAUUGGAGAACUACCAGCUACUGUGCAACAGAAUCCGGGGGAAAUGCCACACUUUGGAGG